AUGGGGCAAAGUCAGUCCUCCCGCUCGGGCGCACCAGGUGAAUCGCACGAUGCUUUUGAGAGAGACUUCUACGCCAUCCUAGGGGUAGAACGGACUGCUACGGCCGAAGAGAUAAAAAAAGCAUAUCGGAAGAAAGCGUUGGAACUACACCCCGAUAAGAAUUAUGGAAACGUCGAGGAGGCCACUGCCCUCUUUGCGGAGGUACAGUCGGCGCACGAGAUCUUGUCGGACCCUCAAGAACGCGCCUGGUAUGACUCGCAUAAGGAUGCAGGCGGCGGUGAUACCGACGGCGCGCAGGGGCCAGAAAACUCCAGGUUUACUGCGGCCGCUGAUGUCAUGUCGCUUAUCAUGAAGUUCAACCCUCGCAUGGAAUUCUCCGACUCCCCCUCGGGCUUCUUCGGCGGACUUAACGAUACUUUCAACCAGCUCGCAAACGAAGAGCUAAUCGCCUGCAGAUGGGACGAUUUAGAACCCAUCCACUACCCUCCCUUCGGCCACAAGGACGACCCUUCUGAUACCGUUCGCAGAUUCUAUUCGGCAUGGAGCAGUUUCGCCACCAAAAAGUCGUACGCGUGGAAGGAUUUGUAUAAAUACUCAGAGGCACCUGACCGUCGUGUACGACGGUUGAUGGAAAAGGAAAACAAACGUCUACGCGAGGAUGGGAUCCGAGAUUUUAACGACGCCGUUCGCUCGUUGGUAGCCUUUGCCCGAAAGCGCGACCCUCGCUACAAGGCUACCGUCCAGAGCGAAGCAGAUCGCCAAAAGAUCCUUCGUGACUCUGCUGCUGCCCAAGCUGCCCGCUCCCGGCAGGCUAAUAACGCCAAACUGCAGGACUUUACACUCCCCGAAUGGGCUCAGACAGAGGAAGUUGAGGAAGAGUUCCCCAGUGAAUCUGAAUCUGAACAGAACCACUUUGAAUGCGUGAUAUGUAAUAAGAAUUUCAAAAGUGAAAAGCAGUUUGAAGCGCAUGAACGGAGCAAGAAGCACAUCAAGGCGCUGAAGCAGCUGCAGCGCGAGAUGCAGCUGGAGGAUAAGCACCUUAACCUUGACGCGGUAGAACCUGGAGAGAUCGAGCCGAUGUCCGAUGACGAGGACAGUCAAGGUAGGCAAGACGAGCCAGCUGGUCUACACGAUGAAAUAUCGGAAGAGGAGCCAGCAGCCUUGGAUUCUGUUGACGACUCCGAUGAGAGUAUACCGGGCGACUCCCCCGAUCUACCGUCAAAGGCUACCGCCGAUCAGCCGCAGCAGUCGCAGUCGCAGCCGAAUGAUGAAGAGUUAGAUGAUAACGAGGACAUUGACGAAGAGGAUAUUCGAAAACACGUCCUCGGUGACCAGGCUGAGAAUGGCGUAGACUCCGUCACUGAAAAAUUAUCAUCUCUCUCCACGGCCCAAGGAGGAGAUGACGGCGAAGACGAUUCUCCUAUUGCCCGAAAACCAGGCAAGGCUAAGCAAAAACGCGCCAAAAAGGCCGCUCAAGCAGCAUCAGAGCAGUUUGCCUGUGCCGUUUGUCGCGAGUCCUUCACGUCGCGAAGUAAACUCUUCACCCACCUAAGAGAACUGGAUCAUGCCCAACCCCCAACGGCCCAGAAACAGCAAGGUUCGAAGAAGAAGAGGAAGUGA